UUUUGGUAUUUGAUAAUUUGACUAUCCGUCGAAUCAGAGUAGAUGUUAUGUUUUUAUCCUACCUACAAUAUUAUUAGUAAAAUUAAAAAAAAAAUCAACGUCGAACGCGUGGCCCCACUCCCGCCGCUGCUACACACGAGCGCAAACUCAGCAAGCUAGGCUCAAAUUGGUGCAGAACGAUCAGCUGUCACGUAUCUGACGUGUUGAACACAAACAAAUCUGAUAUCCGGGGUGCUAUGCUGUUGGCAAGAUGAACGGUACGUUUUACGAGCAGCUAGGGGGUGUGGCUGGAUUAUUCGAGCAAUGGGGCACGUGUGAGCGGACGGUAGUUGCAUGUGCGCUGGCUCGAAGGGUCCCCUGGCCUGGCCUAAGACUUGUACAAAGAGCUGUGGAGGCAGCUCUGCAGAGCCAUGUCGAAGACGAGCGGCUAGAGAGAGAUGCUAAUGAUGAGACUCUCCUGGCAAGUCUACUCGCCGCUAGGGCAGAAGAUGAUGAUGAAGAAGACGGCGAGCGGCUGCGGCAGCUGGUGCGGCUGGUGCCGCUGCUGCGCACGGACAACGAGCGCGCCAAGAGCGUGCUGGUGGGCGCGGCGCCCGCGCUCGUGCAGCGCGUGCUGGACGCGCCGCGCCGCCACGUGGCGCCCGACCUGUGUCGCCAGCUGCUGUCCUACCUGCUCGUGCACCCCGCGCUCACGCUGCUCGACCAGAGAACGUUAACGCAAUGGCUUCGCUAUUUAGAAAAUCAUAUAUCGGGCAACAGAAACACAGAAUCGGUGUGGCAGCAGAGGAUAGAACCGUGUCUAUUACCCGACACGAACAUCUGGGCGAACAACAAUAGCUUUAGACGGACUAUCGGCAAGAACGUCGAGUUCAGAGGGAUACUAGACUCAGUAGACCAAACGUCUUAUACGGACAUUUUACAAGAAUCCUUCUCCAAGAACGGGAGAGACGUGGACCUCAGCCUAGACGGUGAAAUGUUAAAUUUUGACGCGGCGAUAGCUCAGCCCAAGUCGCAAAGAUCGAACAGUUUAACCCCUCCUUCCACUAAUUUCAUGCACAUGUCGUCAUCUGCUGAGAACUUAAGUGAUGAACCUUUCGUCCAGAAACCUAGAAGUUUUUCCCUCUCUAGUGAACAUAGUUUAAGCCAAUUGCGACCUAUUAGUAUAAUGUACGGAACGACGGGGAGCGAAACCAGACUGGACGACCUCAGAUCGAAUAACUUCACGGAACAUCCCGGCAUGUCGACCGUAGCGCAGUGGCUGAAGAGUUUGAGGCUACAUAAGUACGUGUGGCUCUUCACGAACAUCACGUAUGACCAAAUGAUGGCCAUUGACGAGAAAUAUCUUGAAAAAUUAGGUGUAACAAAAGGUGCUCGACACAAAAUUCUACUAUCCAUUAAGAAACUGAACGAACGGGGAGCAAUAUUAGAAGGAAUCCAAGCUGAGCUGGCUUCGAACAAUGGAUCGGUAUUGAGGGCCCUGGAGAGAUUAAGAGGAGUGCUGUUAUCACCGAUGCCUCCAGGGUCUGAACUUCCAUCUGCUGUUGUUGCAGCUCUUGAUCUUGUAGCGAGAGCAUCGCAGUCACGUGUGUAUGCGACAGCCGCGCGAGCCGAGCCCGGCGCGCUCGACCCCGUCUCGCUGCACUGCUGGCUCAUCGAAAAGGCGCUGCACCACGAGGCGUUCUCGUGCGGCGAGCUGCAGAGCGCGCUGCGCCGCCUGCGCCACCGCCUGCCGCCGCGGCAGUUCUUCCACCUCGUGGGCGACGCGCCGCACCGCCGCCUCAAGCACAGGUACUCGACGCCCUCCGGUCGUGUCUACAUCUUCCUACUGGGAAUCGUCCGCCUUACCGGUGGCCGUGUCCGCAGAUGGCGCACGCCGCAGUGCCCGCUGCGCCGCUGGGCGCCGCCCCCGCGCGGCAAGUCGCACUCGUACCCGCCCUUCCCCCCGCACGGCCUGCCGCGCCCCCCGCCGCCGCCCGCCGACGACUACUCCGGCCUCGACGCGCUGUGCCUGCAGAUGACGGAGCAGGCCAUCAACUAGGGCCGCGCGCCGGGUUUUUUAUUGGACGGUGUGACUUCUAUCGAAACUUGUUCGAAUAUUAUUGAACGGCUGAGUUUGCGACGUCUCUGUAUAUUUUAUUUCAGUGACUCGACUCGACUUUACGCUGCAGACGUUAGAUCGAGUCGUAUUGAUUGUAUUCACCGAGAAUCGGAUGCCUCCGCGAUGAACUCGCUUUUGCAUCAUAUUCAUCAUGUGAAUAUAAAUAUUUUUAAUUUUAUUUAUAUUGAUUAUUGCUAUUGUAUUAAUUAUAAUUAAUUUAUAAUCGGAGAGGUGUGUCGUUUUUAUUUGUGAGUCGAAACAGAAACGAUGAAAACGAAAACAAUUGUUUACGAGAAAACUUUAUUAAAAGCACAUUUAUUAUCUGUGACGAAAACAUAGACAUUAAGCAUCUAUAGAUUAAGAUAAGAUAAUAAGAAACAAUUACAUCGACUGUAUCCGCCUCUGUCGAAAAUAGUUUAAUAUGAAGAUAAUAACAUGAACAAUACAUUUAAGUCUUCAUGUUAGAUUGAAGAGAUAUUAUAAUUCACUUUUUAUGUGAAUUUUUGUAAAUAUCAUGAGUUUUUUUUAUUACAAAUAUAUUAGCUAAUUGUAUAAAUGCUAUAUCCUAAUUUCUUUGGUGCUAUUCUGCAAGUUUUUAUUUCUCAGUAAGUCAUUAGUGAUAACUUAGCUAGGGCUAGAUACUGUUAUAAUUUAUAAUUACGUUUAGAAACAAUGGGUAAUAUAGCGGAGCUUAUAAUAGAAUAAUGGGCACAAAUCGGCCUAAAACGAUUAGACGGAAUGGAGGUCAUUUGAAUGUAGAUUUUAUGAUAUUUGUUGUCUGUGGAGUGUUUGUUGACAUUUAUUAUCUGUUACAAGUUGCACGGUCGCAAUCCGGCGAGAAUAUUGUGCAUUAACAUAAAAUAGACAUAUAAGUAAUUGUUGACUGACUGCAUAAUUUAUAUAGCUAAUGUUCAUUUCCAUAGAUUAUUAAUUUUAUUUUGUUUUUAAUGGCAUUAUAUUUAUAUUGUAAAUCUUUGACUGGAUCAAAAAUUUUGAUUGAAUUUUGUGCAAUUUUAUAUUAGUUUGAAAUUUUCAUUGAAAUUCAUUGAAAAUAAACAUGAAUAACAGUAUACACGUUGUGUUUAAUAUUAUAUUAUUUUACUUUAUUUAUAAAUCUGAUAAUUGUUUUGACAAUUAAUGUAGUUACUGCAUUCAUGAAAUGAAAUAACAAUUCACACAAGACAUUGUUUUAUUUCUUGUAAUUUGUUUUUAUUACCAUUUAUUUGUAACUUCUCUUGCUGUUGCCUUUUCUCUUGCUUUUUAACUUAUUCUUCUGUGAUACAAUGGUACUGUAACAACACCAGUACAUGAAAUAAAUAUAUAGAUGGGAGUAUAUAA